AUGAAUUGUGGAUGUUGCUCACCCAGCACUUUCCCAAAAGGACCAGUUUGGAUCCAAAUGUCCAUUCCGUUGCAAGACAUAUCUGUUCUCAGUGAUGACGACGACGGCCAUGCCAUCUGUCACCCAGCCUCCGAGAGCGGCAGGGUUGCCAAGCGCCAGCCUGCCAAAAGAAAGGUCGAGGUGACACGGACCAUGGUGGAUCUCAGACCGAAUGUGCAAGCCUUGAGAAAAAGGGUGGAUGGACAAUGUGGCUGCCUAUGCCAAUGCUUCAAGCCUUUUCGGGAAUCUGCAACCUUUGAUGAAUUGACCAAGGUUCGUACCCAAAUGGGAUUGCUCGACAAACUUGACCAGGACAAUUUUGCUUUCUCCUUAGAUUAG